GCGGUGGGGUGGUGGGGGGGGGUACCUUUUAAAAAGCUCUGCAUUUAAAAGCUUCGCCUCUUUUCUGCAAUGAAACUGCUCCACUUCAUUGCCAGUUUCCGCGCCCUGAAUGCGCCGCUUGUUCCAGUCCCCGGUGUGUUGGGUUGAAGUUUCGACCACGAAUGGGAAUGUGGGCGUUGAGGAUUAAAACUGACUGUAGGGAGAGACGCUUUCCAGUCUGAGCUCUAAUUCGGGCAGGUGACAUUCUUCCAGUGCCUCCUUUAAUUUCUGUCCCACUGACUUGCAGGAAGAGAGAUCGUGUCAACAGUGACGUUAUUCUACAGAAAAGGAAGAAAAAAAUCGCAACUCGGUCCACAUCAAAAAAAAAUGUGACAACCCCUCCUCUACAUAUGCUUCUGAACUUGGGAUUUUUUUUUGGUGGGGAGCCUCUUGCGCCGAAGAGAGACAACAAUAUAAACAAAGAGUUCUAAGGUUGUUCUCAAUCAUGAUGUUUCGAGAUCAAGUCGGCGUGCUUGCAGGAUGGUUUAAAGGCUGGAACGAAUGCGAACAAACUGUAGCGUUGCUGUCCCUGUUAAAACGAGUGAGCCGGACCCAGGCUCGUUUUCUUCAGAUCUGCCUCGAGCAUUCUUUGUCAGAUUGUACCGAGCUUCACAUUCUCGAGGUAGAGGCCAACGAUCCCGCAUUCAUCAACCAAUGGCACCAAGAAUCAAAGGACAAAGUGAUAAUGCUGUUGCUGACCCAUCUCCCAUUGCUGAAGCCAGGAAACAUUGAUGCAAAAAUGGAGUACAUGAAACUCUUACCUAAAAUUUUGGCUCAUUCAAUUGAGAACAAUCAACACAUAGAAGAGAGUAGACAACUUUUAUCCUAUGCUUUGAUCCAUCCUGCCACCUCACUAGAAGACCGAAAUGCAUUAGCCAUGUGGCUCAACCACUUAGAAGAUCGCACGUCUGGUUAUGGAGGCCAGAGCAGAGGACGUCCAGACUCGAUGGAUUAUGGGCAGACUCUCUAUCACCAAAGACAAAACUCUGAUGACAAGCUCAAUGGAUGGCAAAAUCUUCGGGAUUCUGGUAUCUGUGUGUCUGCUUCUAAUUGGCCAGACAAGAACCCGGCUUGUGAGAAUGGACAUUUGCCACUUUAUUCUUCCGUAUCUGUACCCACAACUAUCAAUACUAUUGGGACUAGCACAACCACAAUUCUCUCAGGCCAGACACACCACAGUCCUCUGAAGCGUUCAGUGUCUCUUACCCCACCAAUCAAUGUGCCAAAUCAGCCUCUAGGUCAUGGAUGGAUGUCCCAUGAAGACCUGCGAGGAAGGGGGCCUCAAUGUAUCCCAUCAGACCAUGCUCCCCUUUCCCCACAGAGCAGUGUUGCUUCCUCGGGUAGUGGUGGGAGUGAGCAUCUUGAAGAUCAACCAGUGUCCCGUAACACAUUCCAAGAAGAGGGCAGUGGCAUGAAAGAUGUCCCAGCUUGGUUAAAAAGUUUGCGCCUCCAUAAGUAUGCAGCUUUGUUCUCCCAACUAACGUACGAAGAAAUGAUGGGACUUACAGAAGUACAGCUUGAGGCACAGAAUGUUACCAAAGGUGCAAGACACAAAAUUGUCCUCAGUAUACAGAAAUUGAAAGAGAGACAGAAUGUGCUCAGAUCCUUGGAGAAGGAUAUUCUUGAAGGUGGUAAUUUGCGCAAUGCACUCCAGGAGCUGCACCAAAUGAUUCUUACCCCCAUCAAAGCUUACAAUUUCCCUCAGACCCAAAACAUUGAUGAACAGAGGCAAGACUUGGACUCUCAGUCCUCCUUAAUGAGCUCGGACAGCAGCAUGGGAAAUCGGCUGUCUGAUGGAAAGGACUCUGCUACUGGAGGAAUUCAACAACAUAAUGUGACUGGGUGUGAGGGGGAGUCAGGAGCUGCUCCUGUUCCAGAAGGGGAUCUGCCUGGACAAUUUACAAGGGUCAUGGGUAAAGUGUGUACGCAGCUCCUUGUAUCCAGACCAGAUGAAGAGAACAUAAGCUCUUACCUACAGCUCAUAGACAAAUGUGUAGGUCAUGAGGCUUUUACAGAGACACAGAAGAAGCGAAUGUUGUCAUGGAAACAGCAAGUCCAGAAGCUCUUUCGAUCCUUUCCUCGGAAAUCCCUAUUGGACAUGCCUGGCUAUAGACAGCAAAGAAACUGGAGUUUUAAUCAGUCCAACUCAUUACCAGCAGCUGGAUCUGUUGGUGGAGGAAUGGUCAGACGAACCCAACGCCAAUUCCAGAUGCCCCCUCGGAAUCUGCCGACUGCUCGUCUGGGGUUAAUAGGGCCCAGUGGACUUUUGGGUGCCUCACAGCGUAGUGCAACCAACAACCCUGCCCUAUUAAAACAAGGGAGGCAGAACCUAUGGUUCGCCAACCCUGGGGGAAGUAACAGUAUGCCAAGUCGAACUCAUAGCUCAGUCCAGCGUACACGCUCACUGCCUGUCCACACAUCUCCGCAAACUAUGCUGAUGUUCCAGCAACCAGAAUUCCAAGUACCGGUGACGGAACCUGAUAUAAACAACAGACUGGAAUCACUGUGUCUCAGUAUGACUGAACAUGCCUUGGGUGAUGGUGUUGACAGGAACUCAACUAUCUAGAAGCUUAAACUUACACUAUCAGUGCUGGUUCUGAACUACAAAAAUAGCUGCAGGUUCAGACUACAGAACACUGGUUCCAGUCCGAAGCCCUGGUACAGGAUCAGCUGAUAUCUUGUGUCCAGUUUCUCCAAGCUGUAAUGAACAUUUUAUUUUUUGUGCAAGAGUCUGGAUUGUUACUGUCAUCUACAUCAGAAGUAAUGUCAGGCCUUUACAAAAGUAAUUCUGCCCGUGAAAAAGGUGCUCUGAAGAAGCAUUCUUAUAUGCCUGAUACUGAAAUGGUCAUAAUUCAAGUAAGAGCUUCAUUAGUCUCGGUAAAGCAAAUUGAAAUAAAGAAGGUCUUUGUAGUGACUACAGAGGAACUGAACUUGAAGCAAUGCAACAGUGGUUGAUUACAUUUUGGUUUUAUGUAUGAAAAUAAUAAGCUUGUACUACAAAUAUGUAACCGAAAGAAGUAAAGGAUGACAUGUUGUAGGACAUAUUUCAUAUUCAUCACAUCCGACAGGGGAUUAUGAGCUCUUUUCAGAAUUGAAGUACCAUUGUUGUGAAGGGGAGCCUCCAAUGAGGCAUUUCAAGUUUAUUAAAAAAAUACAUAUUGUUUACAUAAAACCAGUAUAAAGGGUACAUAAAAAAUUAAACUUUUCAGGUAUGCCAUUGUUUCUCAUAUUGCCAUUGUUAAAAGCAUUUUAAUUUUUCUUCUGCAAUAGCAGCAGGUUUGCUUUAUGAGUAGCAGCAAAGCUAUGCUUCUAGGGGAUAUGUUUUGGUAAUUUUUAAAAAAAAAUGUAAACCUAAGUGUUAAUCUUAUAUUUAGUGUUGAGGUACAGAUGACGAGAAAGAGGAUGAAAUGUAGAGGGUGCUGGAAUGUUGCUGAUGGAGGAGAUUUUGUGCGAUAUGGUAAGAGUUGAAGUUUUAUUAGCCUUGCAGUCGAAGUUUAAUUGUCAUUGCAGAGCAUGAUGUCCACCCCUGUUUUGAUGUAUUUUGGUUUCCCCAUAAGACACCGCCUGACAUGUACAGUUAAAGCAAAGCAUUGGUACAAUUUGCUUGUCAGUUAGAUCCUGAAUUUCACCUGGCCCCCCCAAAAAACAAAUAAUAAUAAUAAUAAACCCACCAUAUGUAUUCCAAUUUUAUACUGGAUCUUCAACGUCAAAGAGAAUGGGAGACAGUGUAAGUUGAUAAUGAGGUAAAUCUAAGGAGGGGGAAAUAAGCAAGAGCUGCGAAACUGCAGAAAGAAAUGGGAUGAGAAUGCAUAGAUGUAGACCUAGCAUUACAGGAAAAGGAAUUAGGUGUGCAGUAUUAUAGAUAAUGCCUGAGAAAGAAGUGUUAAAGCCAGUUACACAAACAAUGCAUUUGUUUAUACAGUGAAUACAGCUUCAGAAAGGAUAAUGUGAUUGCAUUCACAGUAACAAGAAUUCUGUUUAAGGAAAGUCCUAAAAGUAUUUACAGAUCAGAAUUAAUAUUUAUUCCUCCAUUGAUUAUAGAUGCAGAGGUUAUCUAUUAAUUAGAUGUAUUAUUUUAGAUAUGUAUUAACUUGCUAUGGCUGGUAACCAUGAGUAUGUUCUCAAAAUAUUAACAUCCAUUUAGUUAAUUUUUUAAUAUUGCUUAUUUCUAUUGACAAGAUAUAGGUUGAAUAUUUACAUAUCAACAAAAAGUUUGUUUUGCUAAUAAGUGCUGUCUAGUGAAUUAAUUUUAACACAUUGUGGCUUCUGUCUUGAGAACACGGAUGCCAUUCUUUGUUCUGUUGAGUCCUGUAUUGACUGCAGGUGUAGAGCUUGAUUAAUACUAUCCUAUGUAAAAUGAAUUAUUUAUGAAAUGAUUGCAUGCACAAGGCUGUGAAGUCAAAUAUCUAGAAAUAAAGCGGCAGUGCCUUUCCUUUUGUACCUUCCACCAACCCCAAAUGUUAACUGUUUUAUACAGAGCAAAGGUAGCACCAUCAAUUCAAAAACAAAGGUGAAAAUAAAUAUUUCUUGAUAUUUAUAGUCUUUGUUUUUGUUUUGUUAAAUGAUGUGGCGCACAAGAAACAUCCCUUCAAGCCCAGCAAAAAGCCUGGUUUUGUAAUUGCCUGUCCAAAUGUGUGAGAAGUGAUUGACUUCUUGUGCACAUUGAAAACUUUAUACUGGAAGAACCGCACAGAACAUUUUUGUGCUGUGAUUAAACCUAUGCCAGGAAUAGGUUUUUCCUGUAAUUUGUGUCAGAUUGGCCAUGAUGCCUUUAAGAGACGAUGGCUGUAAGUAAGACACCAAUUGUGGUAAUUUCCUGUUCAUGUACAAAGGCAGGUUUUGUCAGUGGAUGUAUGUGCACAGUGCUACAUAACACUAAAUAAUACAAAAAUUAAAUUGUUUUGUAUAAGUCAUCAAAGUUUGCUAAGGUGGCUUUUAUUUUUUGUAUUUCUUUAUCUUGACAAAAAUGGUGAAUGUUUAUUCCUCUGGGAGGAAUAGGAAGCAACAGCAACACUAGUAGUAAUGACCUGGAUACUUCCUCCCUCCUUUUAUUAUAUAAUCCCUAUAUAUUUAUGGACAUUUUGUUAAAUUUUGUUAAAUGAGGAGUUCAGUAUAGAACUCCUUCCUUUUUUUUGAAAUACACAAUCCCUUGUUGCUUUCUUUCCUUUGUUGCAUGUCAGGCAGAGGCAUCCCCUCAUUGUAAAUGCAUGCAUGCUUAUGUUCUGGCUUCCCUCUGUAAAGAAGGUAGUGUACAAGAAAUACUUUUCUUGCAUAGUUAUUGCUGCAAAUAAAUGCAUAUUUUUACAGUUUAUGUCAUCUAUGGAAAACAGCACAUUUGUUACAUGUUAAAGCUUUAUGACAAACACUAAUGCGUUUUACUUGCUGUUCUUUGCAAGUGUAUAGUUUUCAAAUGUUCUUGUUUAAAGUUACCAAUGAACUACCCUUGUGACUUAAACUGCAAACUUGCUACAAUGUAUUUAUUACUCCCAUUUCUCUCAUUUAAUUAAAAUGAUGGUUAUUUCAUAUCAGCAUUAUAUUGAAAGUGAAGGGAGAUGAUUAAUACAAGUUUUUGUAACACU